AUGGCAUUGGGUAGCGAAAACCAAAGCAUCUAUCAGUCGGAGCGACCUCGUCAUAUCGCACCUCUGCCCUACAGCAAACCCAGCACGAGCUACGAGUCACUUGGUCUGGGCUUGGGUCUGGGCCUGGGCCUGGGUCUGGGCAAUGGUGGCGCCUCAGUGGUGCGACGCAAUGCACGCGAGCGCAAUCGCGUUAAGCAGGUCAACAAUGGCUUCAGCAACCUACGGCAACAUAUACCCGUUGCUGUCAUUGCCGAUCUCAGCAAUGGACGACGCGGCAUCGGACCGGGCGCCAAUAAGAAGCUCAGUAAGGUGAACACCUUGCGCAUGGCCGUGGAGUACAUACGUCGGCUGCAGCGUCUGAUUGACGAGAGCGAUGGCAAGAGCAAGUCGCAGCACCAGCAGCAACAACACUCAGAUCAACAGUUGGGGCAACAGAUACAGUUGCAGCAGCAACAGCAGCAGCAAUUGCAACUGCACUUCCAGCAGCAGCAGCAACACCUCUUCGCCCUGCAACAGCAACUGCAGCUCAGCUCGCCGACGGGCUCCGUCAGCUCCAUGGGCAGCAAUAGCUCCAAUAGCUCCGACACUCACUCCUACUAUGGCCAGCAAUCUUCAGCGCAUUUGAACUCCGCUACAAAUGCCAGCUACUAUGGCCUGAAACAGGAGACCAGCUACGACGACUAUCCGAAUAAUUCAUGCAGCUCUGGUGGCGAGGAUGAGGAGAUACUCGACUACAUUUCACUCUGGCAGGAUGAUCUGUAA